AAAAGUCGUGGUGGCCAACGUCAGGGUCUGGACCUGCGAACCGCGAACCUCUCCACAACCUCAUCCCACCUCCACGACAUACACUUGCGCUUGACAAACCAGCAUCUUUCACACAUACAGGCCGUUGGCAGAUUAUCCGCCGCACGAGUGCCUGGGACUCUGCCGCUUGCACCCCCCGUCAUCGGUCUCUCUUCCUCUGCCUCUCCCCUCCGCUGUCACUCCACUGCCAAUCAUUCAUAAGCUCGUCUGGACCCCGUUCACAAGGACACCAUAGAAUGGCGGCGCCGCUGCCGAAGCGAAUCAUAAAAGAGACCGAGCGUCUGCAGAACGAGCCAGUCCCGGGCAUCUCCGCCCUUCCACAUGACGAUAAUGCGCGCUACUUCGAUGUGAUGGUUGAAGGGCCCGGCGGAAGCUGUUACGAGGGUGGCGUAUUCAACCUCGAGCUCUUCCUCCCUGACGACUACCCCAUGACCGCCCCCAAGAUCCGCUUCCUCACUCGAAUCUAUCAUCCCAACAUCGAUCGACUGGGGAGAAUAUGCUUGGACGUGCUGAAGAACAACUGGAGCCCCGCCCUGCAAAUUCGAACCAUCCUCCUCAGUAUACAGGCAUUGCUGGGCGCACCAAACCCCGAAGACCCGCUGAAUGAAGCAGUGGCCAAGCAAUGGAAGGAAAAUCAAGCAGAGGCCAUAAAGACUGCUCGGGAGUGGACGGCGUUAUACGCGACAGCCAAGAAAUGAGAUGGAUAGAGAGCGGACGGAUAUCGUGAGGUGGGCGGGCGAUGGAGCAGUCGAGCAGAGGCAGACUCCCGGCGCCCAUGCGCGUGCGAUCUUGCGGGAGUACGACGAAGACCGAGAACGCCGACCCCUACAGCUCGAAAUGUGCUGGAUCACGAGAAGCAUGAAUACAUCACCCGCGAGGCGUGUGAGAAGAUUUCAGAUAGAUAUCGUGCGGUGGUCACACUGCAAUUUGAAACGCUGACACCACCU